CAUCCCAUUCUCGAUAGAUUGAUAUCCACGUCACUCUGACGCUGACAAAAAGCGUCUCUCCUCGGCAUCCCUCCGCUACCCUCCCUCCCUCUUCACCAUCCGUCGCCACCUCUUCCCCCGCUGCCACCCCUGCCAUGCAUCCACUCCCCAGCCGGUGAGGCUGCUUCGGCGGGGUGGGUCCGAUGCCACUCGCGGUGCAUCCUCUUCCUCUUCUUCUGGUCCUUCCACAAGCUCGCAUGGCAUUGGCGAAAGGGAUACACCUCCCUACUAUAGCGGCAGUAGCUGGAAAGAUGGAGGUAGACUCUCGCCUUUGUCCAAGGCGAAGGAGCUUGAGGCUCGUCGGCUGCAGAGACAUAGGAGUCGCGAGUGGAUGCCCUCGGCUGUUGGACAGAGGUGGCCUAGUACUCCCAAGCCGCCUACGGCCGCACCGGAAGAGAGAGCUCAAGCAGACAUCAAGGGCAAAGGCAGGGCGUACGACUAUGAUGACAGGGCGUUCAACGUCAUCGCAGAGGACGUUACACAGGAUGCCUUGUUGCAGGGAGAUGAAUUGGACGCAAUGGCAGAAGAGCGGGGCCCAGGGGUGGCUCACGACUGGGCCGAACCUGGACCCUCUUCACGUCCAGCUCUGACAAAGGUCGUACAAGGCACCAAGACGGGAAUUGGCUCUCAGGCAGAGGAGCCCCAUCCCACACCAUCCUCCUUGGGCUUGACGGACCGCUUCGACUGGCGCCUCACUGCGUCGUCCUUUCGCAAAUUGAAGGUAGCCAAUGCUCACAAGAUCCGGAAGCCACCAAGCGCCAAUGUCAUUGCGGCCUCCAAUACUCGUUCGCCGGAGUUGCAGGCACGAGUACAAGCGUAUCAAGAUCGACUCUCACACCUCGUUGGCAUAGAGCGGGCAUUCGAGAGAGCAGAGUGGGAGCGGCUGCGCAGUCGCAGUCAAGAAGAGCUCAUUGCCGGAGGUUGGACAGUGGACGGUCUCGUCGGGUACUGGCAAGGCGGAAGCAGCCUCAAUGUCGGCAGUCCGAUGUCGAAGAGACAGAAGCAGCAGAUGCUUGCCGCCAGAUCCAAGCCCAGAGUGGCGAUCUUGACUCGCACGGGACUGCAGAAGCUCGGUUGGAGUCGGCUGAAAGAAGGCGACAAAGUCGAGCUCAGGCCAAGUAUGCAUACUCGCAAAGUGGUGCAGGAUUAUAUGCCAAAGGAGGAAGUCGCAGUGCCGACUGUGCAAGCCUCCAAGAAGAGUCAAGGCCGGAAACAGGCAGCCGCGCCGGAGACAUCGGCCAAAGACGAGGAACAGUUCCGUCUGGUUGCCACUGUCCUCUCGAGUGACGCCUAUCGACUUCACCUUCUUUUUACUCCUCCGCACACCUUUGUCGAUCUAGAAGCCUGCCAGAGUUGGAGAUUGGAUUUGGCGCCCAACGAAGUCAUCGAUGCCAAGGUCGAUGAAGCCAUUGAGAGUCUGGGAAUGGAUCUCGCGGGCUUGGAGGCCAGGGAUGUUGAUGCCAAGUGGGAAGCGCGGGGGAGCGGCUUGACCGAAGCUCUCCUGCCUCGCGAAACGCAAGACCUCAGCUCGUCAUUUGAAGAGGUUGCAGUUGGCGCCUUGUCAGGGGUCAGCCAGUCAUCGAUUUACGAGCCCGACUGGCGCAUUCGUUCUUGGUACGAGCGCUAUUCGCGCUCCGCGCCUUUGGUCGUGGAAGGCGACCCAGAUCUGAGCUUGAAUGAGAGUCAGCUCAAGGCAGUCGCAACGAUGCUCUCCUCGCGCCUGUCCCUCAUUCAAGGUCCUCCGGGGACCGGCAAGACGCAUACCUUGGUCUCGACGAUCAAGCUGCUCAAGCACCAGUUUGCUGUCCCUCAUCCCGUCCUGCUCUGCGCACACACAAAUGUAGCAGUGGACAAUCUCGUCGAUGGCGCUAUCAGUGCUGGACUCAAUGUGGUUCGUGUGGGACCCAGCAACAGCGUCAGCGGACUCAAGAGUGGCCGUAUUGAAGAAGUCACACUGGAGAAGAAGAUGGAGAAGCAUCACCUCUGGGCUAGGCUCGAGGAAACCAAGAUCAGAAUGGGUAUUACAAAGCGGCAGAUCACGGCGUUGUAUGAGAGGGAGAAGAAGAAGAGGGUAGAAGAAGAGAGGGAGCAAGCUGCCGCGGCCGUCGAAGCCGACGCCCAGGCCGCUAUCGGAGAGCAGCCUCCGACGCCAAGCAAAGGCAGUGCUCCCCCACUUAACAAGUCGCUGGAGAUCGCAGCUCUCCGCAAAUCUCUCGGGCGCCUUGCACAGCAAGCCUUCAUCCUCACGCGUCAGAUCCAGACCACCGUUUUAUACGAAGCCGACGUGGUCUGUUCUACGCUAAUCUCCUCGAGCUCCGCCUCGCUCAAGUGCAUCGACUUUCCCCUCGUCUUCAUCGAUGAGUGCACACAGGCGCUCGAGGUGCUGAGUUUGCUGCCGCUGAUGAAGGGCGCGCGACAGGUGGCCCUCAUUGGCGAUCAUAAGCAGCUUCCGCCCGUGCUGAGGAGUAAGGAUGGCAAGAAGGAGGGCGGCGCGAGGAGCUUGUUCGAGCGACUUGUCGAGGAAGACGGUUGGGCGACCGCCGAGAUAGAAGUUGGAGGCGGUGGCGAGCUUGCUGCUGCGACUGCUGUGGCUGCAUCACCUAUGCAUCGACGGACGAAGAUGCAGAUGCUGCAAGUACAGCACCGUAUGCACCCCAUACUCGCCUCCUUUCCCAAUCAGCGGUUCUAUGCAGGACAGCUUCAGUCUGCCCCUCGCACGCAGGACGUCCCUGUGAUUGCGCACUCGCUUGCGGACCAAGCGAUACAGGCCUCGAAGGGUCGACUGGUGUUCAUCGACCAUACCGGUCUGGAGUCUGUCGCCCGCUCGGCAUCGGAGGUCUCGCUGUGCAAUCUGCAGGAGAUCGAGCUGCUGCUGCACCUCCUGUACGACCUCCUUACCUGUCCAUCUACUGCUCAAGGUGCGAAAGCCAGCACGGUAGCCAAGCUCAGCGGAUCUAGCAUCGGCAUAAUCGCCCCCUAUCUCGCUCAAUCACGUCUCAUCGGCCGACUUCUGCGGCCACUUACCGAGCAGGAUGCAGUACAUCCACUGCGCCGUGUCCUGGAGGAGCGUCUGGGCCCAGUGGGCGUGAAAGAGCUGGAAAAGGUAGAAGUGAAUACAGUCGAUGGGUUCCAGGGGAGGGAGAAGGACGUGAUCAUCUUCAGCGCAGUGAGGUGCUCAGCGGGUGCAGUGGCUGCUGCUGCUACUACUGCCUCUUCUUCUGCCUCCGCCGCUACAUCUGACUCGAAGACCAACGCGCAUGAGUUGAAUGACCAGCAGCAGUUGCAGCAGCCAGAGAAGAAGUAUCCCGUAGGCUUCCUCGCCGACGCUCGCAGGCUCAAUGUCGCCCUCACACGCGCAAAAAGUGCCCUAUUUGUCCUUGGCAACUUGCACACUUGGAGGAACGCAGCAGUGCCCACCUCUGGCUGUGAGAAAGCAAAAGCAGGACCAGGAAUGGAUCAUUCUUCCUCUUCCGCGAGCACUUCAACUGCGCCCGCUUGUGCGGACUCGUUGCGCUCCUUUGCCGAGCAUGUCGAGAGGGAGGGGACGGUGGUGUCUGGCGAGGAGGUCAGACGACUCAUUGGGCUCUUACCUGCGGCUGUGGCUGUUCAAGAGCCGCAGGAGGUCCUCAAGGAGGAGGAAGUGGAGGCGGAGGCGGAGAUGGUGGAUGAGUGGGAUGGAGCGGAGCAGCUGCUCGAUGGCACGCCUGUUGAGGAAGCUGUUGGCGGUGGUAGUGGCGGUGGUGAUCGAGGAUUUGGUCCUCCGGCGGUUGGAGCGGGAGAUGCGUUUGGGAGGGCCUUCUAGAAGGCUGUACGCUGAUACGGGUGAGAGAGAGCGGAGUAGAUGUACUGUAUGCUGUUCUACAUUUCAUUCUAGACCAACUCACAAUCAUAGCAGAGAUGGCGCAUCAUUACACUCUGA